UAUAUCCCAUCUCUUGUCUUGUCAAUUAUUGCUAUAGUCCUAUUCGCUAUAGGGCUCGCAGGACAUGUAUUUCUCCUUUCCAAGUACCGAACGUGGUACUUUGUGCCUGUUGCCGUAGGUACGGCGAUGGAGAUUAUCGGCUACAUCUUUCGUAUUAUGUCGCAUGUCGAUGAUCCUUAUGCUGUACCAUAUUUCGUGGCCCAGGUACUUAUACCAUUUCCAAUAUUGUGCGCCUCCAUCUACACCAUCGCUUCAGUCUUGAUAGACUUCUACGGCCGCGAAUAUUCACCCCUACCUCCAAAACUUGUCCUCUGGGGCUUCGUGGGAUGCGAUGUUCUCGCUACAGCUCUGCAAGUCGCUGGUGCUGCUUUAGUUGGAACUGCAUACUCUGGCCGCAAUGGAGAUCCUUCGACGUACAACAAUAUCCUACUCGCUGGUCUGGCAUUCCAGGUCUUUUCAUUUGCACUCUUCUUGGUCGUCUUUGCCUGGAUUUUGGUCAAGGCAAGGGCUAGUCCGCAGAAGGUUGGAGUCGGGUUCUUGGCCAGUGUCGGUGUGGCGGCUUUGGCUGUCUAUCUCAGGACAUGCUUCAGAUUGGCCGAGACAGCGGAGGGGUUGCUACAGAAGCUUUCUUCGCAUGAAGUAUACUUUGGGUGUUUGGAGUUCGCGCCUAUGGUUGUGGCUGUCGUUCUGCUCUUGUAUGGACACCCGGGAAGAUGGUUGAGCAGC